AUGGAAGAUGUCGAAGAAACGUUUCCUCAUGUCGAGAUGGACAAGAUGGAAUCGGCUCCAUACAAAACAGGUAUCUUCUUACCUCAUGUACUCGAUCCAGAAACUCAAGAACAUAGAGGCGAUGAGAAAACGGAAUAUCAAGUGCGAGACAAGCUUUUAGGAAAACUGGUUGGUGUUUCAUCCGGAUAUAAAUCGUUCAAGACGCUCACGAGACAGAAUGCUGCUACUGGAGAUUGGGAAUAG